UAAUUUUAAGAUUGAUUCUUUUCCAGAAAAAUGUUAAAGACAUGAAAAGUAUAAAUGGGUAAAAUGAGUAACAGAAAUGGGUCUGUUAAGAUUCGCGUCACUAUUCUCUGUGCGCGGAAUCUAGCCAAGCGCGACCUGUUCCGACUCCCAGACCCGUUCGCGCGUAUCAGCGUCGACGGUUCAGGACAAACUCACACAACAGACAUCAGUAGAAACACCUUGGAUCCUAAAUGGAACCAACAUUAUGAUCUCUACAUUGGGAAAUCAGAUGCCAUAACUAUCAGUGUUUGGAACGAUAAAAAAGUUCAGAAGAAGAGCGGAGCUGGUUUUCUAGGUUGUGUUCGUCUCCUGGGGAACUCGAUCAACAGGUUGAAGGAUACUGGAUACCAGAGACUAGAUCUUGUUUCCGACAAUAACAAUCCACUUCCGGUGAAAGGUCAGAUAGUGGUUUCUCUUCUCUCUAGGGACGGGCACGGAACCGGAAGUCUUAAUGCGGUCGUUGAUCCCCUGGGUAACCUCAGUUGUCCGGCCGACCUUCCAGAAGGAUGGGAAGAGAGGAGGACGACCUCAGGACGAGUUUAUUACGUAAAUCACUAUCUCCGGACGACCCAAUGGGAACGUCCCACUCGUCCUGCCGUUGAGAAUAGCAAUCCUUUAUCCAAUCCUCGGUUUCCGACCGAUACUAGUCUUCCAUCAGCCGCUCAAUCCUUUACAGGGGAACCUACCUCCUCUACACCUCGGCGUCCUGAACCAGAUCCUGUAGAUCUGGUUGAGGGAGAGCGUCCUCCUCCCUGUGAUCCUCUAACCCCCGGGAACAAUAAGGUUGAAGCUAACAAGCAAAGGUUUAUGUCCAGGACGGUUCUCCACCAACCCCAGGAUCUACCGGCUGGAUUCGAGAUGAGAACAACUCAGCAGGGGCAAAUAUACUUUCAUCACGUACCUUCAGGGAUAUCCACUUGGCAUGAUCCAAGGAUACCUAGGGACGCUGUACCUCCAGAGGGUGUGGAGUUAGGAACCCUACCUCCGGGUUGGGAGAAAAGAGAAACUCCGUCCGGUCGCGGAUAUUUUGUUAAUCAUCAUAAUAGAACCACCCAGUUCACCGAUCCCCGUCUUAAUACUAGUUUGAUCAAAGCAAUGCUGAAGUCAAGAUCAGAAUCUAAACCUAGGACUGAGAACGGAAACAGUUCAGAGAUUGGAGAAAACAGGAAUGAAAAUACUAACAGUGGGACGGAUAUAGUUAAUGCUCGAGGUGAAAAUGGAAACGGGAGAACGGAAAAUCAAAACAGUGUUCCUGCACCUCUUCCUCCGCGGUUGAGUUCCUCCGGUCCUUCCUCCACUCCUGCCUCCAGCAAUGGAGACGUAUUCCACUCAGUUAUAUCUCCUCCAACACCUGUCAAUAUGUCUCCAGCUAAAUCAAGUCGACCCCUACCCCCUCUACCGACAGAAACUCCGACUUCGGAACCCGAGCCUGCUCCGGCUGAUGAGCAGGUUGACGGUUUAGCAAUGAGCUGUCUAGCCAUGGCUCUGGAACCCCCGGCUCGUCCGCCAAACCCUGCUGUAACUAACGUCAGAGCUCCUCACAUACUUCCCAAUCUUGCAAUCCUGCAAAGAGAUUCAUCUUCCCCUAGAUCCGACUCCCUGCAGGAUCCUGGACCCGGAGUAAGAACCAGUUCUGGAUACGUCCCCUCUCCCCAGAACAAUAAAUCUAGUUCACCUAAAAUUCUCUUUGAAAACGAAGAAUGUCUUCCAAAAUAUAAACGUGAUUUAGUUGCUAAAAUGAAAGUGCUCCGUAGUGAACUAAGCUCUCUCCAGGCACAGUCGGGACAUUGUAGACUAGAGGUCUCUAGGCAGGAGGUUUUUGAGGAUUCAUACAGACAGGUGGUGAAGAUGCGACCCAAAGAUAUGAGGAAGAGGUUGAUGGUAAAGUUUAAGAUGGAGGAGGGGUUGGAUUACGGAGGAGUUGCCAGGGAGUGGUUGUAUCUUCUCUCUCAUGAGAUGCUUAAUCCGUACUACGGGCUCUUCCAGUACAGUCGAGAUGACAUCUACACUCUACAGAUCAACGCUGAUUCUUCCAUCAACCCAGAUCAUCUUUCUUACUUUCAUUUUGUUGGAAGGAUAAUAGGCAUUGCAAUGUUUCACGGGCAUUAUAUUGACGGUGGGUUCACGAUGCCGUUCUACAAGAUGUUGUUGAAUAAGUCCAUCAACCUGAUGGACAUCGAGUCUGUGGACCCGAACCUGUACACCUCCUUGAAGUGGAUGCUGGAGAAUGACAUCACGGAUAUUAUUGAUACAACCUUCAGUGUGGAACAUGACAGCUUCGGAUGCUUAAAGGUGCAUGAGCUGAAGAAGAACGGGAAGAAUAUUCCUGUAAAUGAAUCGAAUAAGAAGGAAUAUGUUAAGCUUUACGUAAAUUACAGGUUUAUGCACGGGAUAGAGCAACAGUUUCUAGCUCUGCAGAAAGGAUUUAACGAACUGAUUCCUCAAUGUCUGUUGAAAUCCUUCGAUGAGAGAGAGUUGGAGCUUGUGAUUGGAGGACUAGGGAAGAUAGAUCUUGAAGACUGGAGAUCCAAUACCAGGCUUAAACAUUGCCAACCAGAUACAAUACAGGUUGGAUGGUUCUGGAAGAUAGUUGAAGGUUACUCUGAGGAGAUGAGAGCAAGAUUAUUACAGUUUGUAACAGGAUCCAGUAGAGUUCCCUUACAAGGGUUCAAGGCUCUUCAGGGUUCUACAGGAGCUGCUGGUCCUCGUCUGUUUACUCUCCACCUGGUGGACGUAGAUCUAAACAACCUACCCAAGGCCCACACCUGCUUCAACAGGUUGGAUAUGCCGCCUUACGAAACCUUUGAGAAGAUGAGUGAUAAGUUGACCCAGGCAGUUGAAGAGACUUGUGGUUUUGCCGUCGAGUGAUACAUGGCGUUUUUCAUCCUGGAGGAGUUCAUUCUGAAGGUGUUCAUUCUGCAGCUGUUCAUCCUGAAGGUGUUCAUCCUGAAGGUUUUCAUUCUGCAGCUGUUUAUCAUGGAGAUGUUCAUCCUGGAUAAACCUAGAUGUUUCAACCUGAAGGUUUAAACUUCCUAGAUGUCUUCACCAUGUAGUUGUUUAUUCUAAAUCCAUCUUGCAUUCCUAGUAGAGUUCAACCCCUGAAUCGAGCCUAACACAUAGUUUAAGCAAAUCAAUGUGUCAAGAACUAAGGUGGAGGUGGGCUGGUGGUGUAUUAUAACUGCUCAGAUUGGUAGUAAACAACAGUUUCACAAAAUUCGAUCUUUGUUCACAAUUUUUGUUUUGUUCUGAUGAACUAUUACGUCACAGUAUGAAGUGUACACAACCCCUAUCCCCCCAAUCUUAGUUCUUCACACAUCAAGUAAACCGCGACUGAGUAACCGUACUCCGCAUUCAGAGAACUUGGAUUGGAGUUGAUUCACUUAUUAAAAAUUAACCUCUCGACAAAGAAAUUUAAUUCAAUUCUUUUAACUCGAGACUUUGUUAUCUAAGGAAGGUUUCUGCUCUAAUCUGAGUGAUUUGUUGUUUUAUUCAACCAUGAGCAAACAUUUUGUACAUUUAUGAAUUUAUAUCAGAAUUUAAUAGUUUAAACUUUGAUCUGAGAAUUAACAAUUUUCUAGAAUUUUUAUUUCAAUUGUAAAAACCAGGCCUGAGAAAUUAUUGACAGUGGUAAACUCAUUAUUUAUUGUUUUGGAACGCGAGAAUAUAUAUUUACAACAAGCUCCCUCCACUCCUCAUAACUUGCUCAUUAACUUUCAAACUUUUCUUUUUUAUUAAAUGUGAAUCGUGCAAUUUGAUUCCUGUAGAAAUAACUCUAAGAGAAAGGGGAUCAGCAUUUUUAUCAUAAAUAUUUAAACUUGAGGAGUAAAAUCUCGAAACUUAAAAGACUUAUUCUAGUAUACGGAGACUGCACCAGUCCGGGAGAGAUUAUUUAUUUACCCUUUUUCAUGCAAAUUUACACAUAAUUCUUUUAUUUACAUCAGAAUCAAUAAGAAAUUGUGAUUGUGUACAGUAAUUAUAGAUAACACAGAUGGGAUGAGAGAAGUCUCUUAUAACUUACAGGUCAUGGUGCUUUGUCUGUAGGUUGAUUGUUUAUAAAAUAAUAAUAAUAA